AUGCCACAGAACGAACACAUAGAGCUGUUCCACAAGAGGUUCGGCCGACGGCUGGACUACGAGGAGCGGAAGCGCAAGAAAGAGGCCCGAAGUGUGCGACGGGUCUCACAGAAGGCUCAGACACUCCGAGGAAUAAAAGCCAAACUCUAUAACAAACAGAGGUUUACGGAGAAGAUUCAGAUGAAGAAGACGAUGAAAGCUCACGAGGAGAAGAGUAGUCGCAAGAAAGCGGACAAACCGGUGACGGACGGAGCCAUUCCUCACUACCUGUUGGACAGAGAGACCCAAAGCAGAGCUAAAGUGCUCUCAAAUAUGAUUAAACAGAAGCGGAAGGAGAAGGCCGGCAAAUGGGAGGUUCCCAUCCCUAAGGUUAAGGCCGUGUCCGAGAUGGAGGUCUUCAGGUAUGCGCCCAAGCGGAAGGAGAAGGCCGGCAAAUGGGAGGUUCCCAUCCCUAAGGUUAAAGCCGUGUCCGAGAUGGAGGUCUUCAGAGCUAUAAAGACCGGCAAACGUAAGAAGAAGUGUUGGAAGCGAAUGGUGACGAAAGUGUGUUUCGUUGGCGACGGCUUCACCCGAAAACCGCCCAAAUUUGAGCGCUUCAUCCGUCCGAUGGCCCUGAGGUUCAAGACGGCGCACGUGACGCACCCGGAGCUGAGGGCGACCUUCAGUCUGCCGAUCAUCGGCGUGAAGAAGAACCCGAGUUCGCCGAUGUAUACAUCGUUGGGUGUAAUCACGAAGGGAACGGUCAUCGAAGUGAACAUCAGUGAGUUGGGUCUCGUGACCCAAUCGGGGAAAGUGGUCUGGGGGAAGUACGCUCAGGUGACCAAUAACCCGGAAAAUGAUGGCUGUAUUAACGCCGUACUACUCGUCUGAUCGUACC